AUGGCUCCUUGUAAAAGGGCAUCGAAGCCGUUGCUUCAAUGUCUUCAGAGACAAUAUACAAGGGGAUCGACAGGCCUCCAGUUGCAAUCCACGAGAGCCUUCCAGUCGACCUCUCUGGCCCGUGAGGAAGCCCAGACUGACGCCAACAGCCAACCCUUCUACAAGAAUCCGGAUCCUGCUCUGGUAUCGAGUCCGCGUCUGGAACGAAAGCUACUGAAGCAAGGUAUUGCGCCUGUCGGAUCCCGUCGUCGUCGAGCAGCACUGCAGAACUCCGACAACAUCCCCUUCGAGCAACUGCCGUACCAAUGUUUUCAAGAAGCCCGAAAGGUCCUACUUUCUGAUCGGGAGGAAAAGGUCAAGAAGAUUACGGCCAUGCGGGAGAAGAUUGCAAGACUCCAGGUGAUCCCCACGGAAGAGGCUGGCGGCGAGCAAGUGCAGAAGUCAAAGUUGCGGGCAAUGGAACUAGAGCUUGAGCGCCUGAAGAUCGGCGCCGACAUCAACGAUCCGAUAGUGAAGAAGAAGUUCGAAGAUGGACAAGGUGACAUGACCAAGCCCAUCUAUCGCUAUCUGGCCGAUCGGAAGUGGAGGGAGUAUCGCCGAAAGAUCCUCGUACAAAGAAUCACUCAGAUGAAGGUCAUCCCCGAUGUCCUCCCUCACUGCGACCCUGUCGUGGAUAUCAAGCUCCAUUUCGGCCGGCACACGAUCCAACCCGGAGAAUUCGUCAACUCCCGAGUUAGCACAACGGCUCCCAAGCUCGACGUCCAGCUUUUUGAGGCUGGUGAGAAACUCGUGACUAUCGCAGUGGUGGACUCGGAUGUCCCCAAUGUCGAGAAGGACGAAUUCGACUACAAGAUGCACUACCUCGCAGUCAACGUGCCCAUCUCCGCCACUUCCACCAAGGUUGAUCUUGCCAACCUCUCGGCGGACUCGCAGGUCAUCCUGCCCUGGCUGCCCCCAGUCGCUCAGAAGGGUAGCCCCUACCACAGACUGUCUAUCUUCAUCAUGGAGCAGAAGGAUUCCGCUCCAUUGAAUGUUGCCUCGGUAAAGGCUCUUGAGAACAACCGUGACGUUCUGCUCCGAACUCUGCAAGCCAGAUAUCACCUGAAGGCGAUUGGAGCCUAUCUUUUCAGAACACAAUGGGAUGAGACGAUGGCGGAUGUCAUGAGGGAGAUCGGUUUCGCAGAUGCUGACAUGGAGCUGCGCCGAAAGAGAGUCGAGCCUUUGCCUUAUAAGAGGAGAAAUCCUUCUACUUUCCGGUGA